GGCAAUAUUUGUAUUUUUAUUUUUUGUAUUUUAUUUGAUGGUCUGAAUCAAAAAUAUUUAUACAUAAACUAUUUUAUGACCUAGAAAAAGCGUACAUAUUCAACAAAAAACUUAAAAGAUGCGUACCAAACAAAAAAAUGUCAUAAAAUUACGUAAGUUUUGCCGGCGCGUCUUAAAGUCGCAAGCAAAAAAAUCCGAAGUUAUCACUUUACAGUAUGAGAGUGUUAACAUAAACACGCAUUUGCCUGCAGAGACUGCUGGCUAAAUUACAUUUUUGAUAUUAAAAGUUAAUUUUUAUAACUGAAGACAUUCAUUGAAGAUGAAAGAAUGGAUAAAGAUUACAUUGAUUUUGUGCGCGUUCGGCACAUUGAGAGAAAUAAGACCGUCUGAGCCUUUUGUUACCGAGUUUUUACUUGGAGAAUGGAGAAACAUAACUGAAAAUCAAUUGAAUCAAGAAGUUUACCCUGUAGGAACAUAUUCAUAUUUGGCACAACUUGUGGUUAUAUUUUUGAUAACCGAUUUUUUAAGGUUUAAACCUGUUAUUAUAAUUUCUGGACUAAGCGGUAUUUCAGUUUAUGCAGUAUUACUAUGGACAAAGAGCCUGCAAUGGCUACAAGUUUCACAGUUCUUGUAUGGAUUGUAUAUGGCCACAGAAGUUGCAUAUUUGACAUACAUUUAUGCCAAGGUUGAUUCUACUAAAUAUGCAGUGGUGUCUUCAUAUACCAGGAUAGCAGCGCUCACUGGACGUUUCCUAUCUGGACUCAGCUCACAGUUGCUAGUACAUUAUGAACUCAUGGACUAUAGAGAUCUCAAUUAUAUCACAUUUACAGCUCAGAUCCUCGCGUCUUUCUGGGCGCUGUGGUUACCAUCGGUCCCUUACGGUAUAUAUUUCCACCGAAAUGUGACAGCACAUCCGGUCACAACUAACAUAGAAGACAAGAGCACGUCAGACGAAUUAAACGUUGAUAAGCGUUCACUUAGAAAAAAUAUGUGGGAGGCGUGCACAUUGAUAGGGCGGCACGCGCGCGCGGCGUACUCACGGCCCAAGGUGUUGGCCUGGUCCGCGCUGUACGCGGCUGCGCUCGCCCUCUUUGUGCAGGCUCAGACCUACGUGCAGCUGCUCUGGAAACAUAUACAGGAGAAAAGUCACACACCUGUAGCAUAUAACGGCGCGGUGGAAGCACUUCAAACGCUGCUAGGAGCGUUCGGUGCAUUUCUAUCUUCGUACUUCGCCAGAGCAGAGCUGCCUGCGCCCGUGCUGGCAGUGCAAGGCAUCGCAGUCUUUGUUGCUACCUACAUACCCAAUGUGUUUGUGUCAUACGCGGGUUACGUUGUCAUGGGAAUGCUGUACCACUUCACUAUUACUAUGGCCAGUGCAAAAAUCGCCAGUCAGCUGAGCGACGAGAGCUGCUUCGGUCUGAUAUUCGGCAUCAACACACUAAUAGGCACAGCCCUGCAGUCAAUACUUACUGCUGUACUCAUACAGAGCCUGCAUCUGCCAAUUACCUCACAGUACUACGCCAUCAGUGGACUCUUCCUACUUACAGCUUCCGGUUGGCUCUUUGGCUGGCUGAUCAAUAGUGUCAAACAGAAAAAGAAUAUCAGUAUUAACAAUCAGUAUUGAUAGAGAAUUUUUUUUUUAUAUUUAGUUGUUAGUUGCCAAGUACUUAUUUGGUAAUAAUAUAAAUUUGACAUA